AUGGGCGACGAUCCUUAUGACUUCGAGAUCGCGUUGCCUACAGCUUCGAACACUGCUAACAGAUCAACCAGAAAGCGUGGCAGCAGCAGUGACAGUGACGACGACGCCAGUGGUGCUAGCGGGGGUCUCAGCAGCAUGAGUGGCAUCAGCAGCGAAGUCGAGAGCGAACAAGGAACCGAUCAUGAACAACAAGAUCGAGCGGAAUCAAACUUCUCCCGGACAUCUAAGAGGUUUAACGAGCCGAAGUUUGCUGCGACUGCUGCUGCUGCGUCAUCGUCGGGGAGCGUUCUGGAUAAAGCCAAAAGCUUUUUGUCCAAAUACUCAGGUGCAGCAACAGGUAGUAAGUCAAACCUGCCAGCUAGCUCUCGUCUUCGCAUGGACCUAGAUGAUGAUGAUGAUUUCUCUGUGGAAUCUUCUUCUGGUGACGAUGAAGCAGGAAAGUUAGCGCCUCCCACGAAAUUGAGCAGUGUGCCGGUGAUGAAUGAGCAAGAUAGCGCUUCGCUCCAGAGUUCUGAAUGGCACAGUGUCCAUGAAAAGAGUCAUGAAAAGAUUGCGAGUCACCGCGAAGAUGUAAAUGGAGAGAGCAGUCAAAACAGCAUUGAGUCUCCUGCAUAUACGACUCAUUCAGUGGCGGUUCCAGCGAUAGCGACUCGCGAUGAUGAACACAGCAGCAACGGAAGUGAGCUUGGUGACAGCAUCGAAUCUUUUCACAGUAGCACGUCAGUAUCUGCGGCAGAAACAGCCAAGAUCACGUUGCCCAAACCAGCUUACCAAGAGCACGAAGACAGCGUCGAUGUGUACGAUGACUCAUUCCAGGAGGAGAGUCUUGGUCUAAGUCAUAAUAGCGUCGUUGACCACAAGUUGGAUCUUCAACCGAGCCUGGGCGCUCCUAGUUUUACUUCAGCGAGGGUGGGCCAGUCAGCAGCGUCUGAAAGCGGGGUUUACGAAGAGGAAAUGUUUGAGGAGGAAUCAACAGUAGCGAUACCAGCUCCUACCAUUAGCUCAAGUGCGAUCAAAGACAACGAUAUACAGCAGGAGGAUUACAAUUCAAGCAACUAUCUCGACGACGAAAAACCCUCUCUACCAAAUCUGCCCGACGAUUCUCGUACCGAUUCCCCGACAGCAGACACUCCACAGCCUAAACUCCACUCGAGCCUCGGCGCCUCUGCAUGCAUUGCGGGCGAGACACUCGAGUCUGAAAGUGGGGUUUACGGAGAAGAAGCAUAUGAGGAGGACUCGAUGAGAGCAGUACCUCCUCAUCCUGUUAGCUCGAGUACAAAUGAAGACGACAAUGUACGACAGGAAAAUGCGUCACCAGCGUGCGAUGAUUCAGGCGAUGAAAAGGAUGACAGCGUAGCUCCAGCUCCCAGUACCCCCAGUGCCCCAAUGGUCCAAGAAAAGUCGGAUCCCCCGCCUGAAGCAGAACUCGAGGAGGUCGCCCCGCCGACGCGUCCACGCGUGACCAUCGUUAGGGCUUUCGAGCUCGAUGAAGGAAAACGAGUAGAGAUGCGGGACGCCAGUACUCAAUUCACUGGAAACCACGCCGCUAUUCAAACAGAUCUGGUCCCAGAUGGCAUGCACAAUUUGCUCGCUGCUUCACCAGCCCCAGCGCCUCCAAACCGGAAAGAUCAAGUGUCUCCAAGUGAACCUGAAGCUGCUUGCGGUCAGCGCGAGCUACCACCAACUCCACCUCCUCCUCCAGUAGCAUCAACUUUCGGGUCGUCAAUGUACAGCUUGGACGCUUUGAAGGUGCCCAUGACGGCAUCGACGUCGAUAUACAAGCAGCAAUUACUUGCUUUGCAGGAACAAAUUUUGCAGAAGAAGCGUGAGACUGAACGCAUUGUCCAGGACCGGAUUUCAUUCCAGUAUACCUCCUUGCGAGGCACCGAGCGGUUUCACUCACUGAUGAUCUUUGUUUUUUCUGGUGGUCACCCACGCAUCCAGUUCUUAGCAGCUAGACGUGCCCAGAAAUUGGAAUUAUGGGAGGCACUCAUGCGCGUUGACCCAACGCUUGACGAGAAGAAGGCACGAGAAGUAGCGCGCCUAGCCCAAGCUGCGUCAACGUAA